AUGGCAAUCGACAUCCAGGAAGUUGAGUUCAAGACCAUUGAUGGUCUAACUUUGCGUGGCGACCUGUACAAUGCUGCAGUGUCGUCCGGAAAGGGACCUGCGGUCAUUAUAACACCGGGUUUCAAUUGCGUCAAAGAGAUGUUUGUACCAGAUGUAGCCGAGCAGUUCCAGAAGAACGGCAUCACAGCACUGAUCUAUGACCCGCGAACGCUCGGCCUGAGCGAUGGGUUGCCGCGCAACGACAUCGAUCCAGCGAGACAAGUAUCCGACUACUCCGACGCAGUCACUUUCGUCAAGAGUCUUCCAAACGUCGAUCCUUCAAGGAUUGGUAUCUGGGGUAUGUCGUUCAGCGGUGUCAUUGCACUGUCCGCUACAGCUCUGGACCCACGCAUUCGCUUCUGCAUCGCUAUCUGCCCGCUCUUGAACCUCGAAUACGAAGCAUCCAAGUUUCCCAAAGUGCUUGCCAAAGUCCAACAAGACCGGGAGUCGCAGCUCACAGGGAACAAACCUCUAUAUGUCCCAGUGUUGACGGCUGAGGGCAAGAACCCCGCUGGGAUGGGGUUGGGAGCAGACAAGGAGGAGUUUGACUAG